UGUUCUGUUGGAUGCAUUUUCACUUCGCGAAAUUUCUCAUAUCUCAUGCGGACGGUUGCGUGCGUGUCCCCUUCUCCAUCUUAGCACCGUUACAGGGGCCGCACACACCGACCUCCCCCCAUCUCUCUCGCUUUUUCUCAGAGAAUAAGAGAUUCUCCCUUUGAAUCAUCGGUCCAAACACGCUCUCUAGUUGUAGUUCUUGUAUCGAGGCCAGAUACUUCUGCGGAUAUGGAUCAGGACCAGCGGGGCCAGGUCGGUCGGGAGAGAUCCCCGUUGUCGAUGGAGGAGUCUCGGGAGGAUCGCCGGAUAGAUUCCGAGAGCACAGGCGAGGUCCCUGUCCGGAUCGAGCUCGAGAUUGGUAGUGGAAGCGGUAGUGAUAGCAAAGAAGUGGACAAUAAAGAGGUCGGCAAUGUGGGUUCGUUGGACAAUGGUGGCAGUAGCUCUCCAGGUCUGAUUAAGUUGGAAAGAUCAAAAACCGAGAGGCAAAGACAUAACAACAUAUAUGCUGAAGAGGCAGCUCAAAUCUUUGAUGACAAAAUAUCUGACCAGCAGAAGCUGAAACUGUUGACCAGAAUGGCUACUGUAAAAGAUGAUGGAACAGUAGAAUUUGAAGUCCCAGCAGAUGUUGAAUCACAAGCUCUUGGUGCUGGAUCUGUUGGUGCUUACAAUGAUACUGUAUAUGAUGAGACUCUAGAUGCAACAGACCUUCAGUACAUACCACCACUGCAAAUAGUAGUGCUUAUUGUUGGCACACGUGGGGAUGUUCAGCCGUUUGUUGCAAUUGGCAAACGUUUGCAGCCCCCAAAACUCGAAUAUUCUCUUUUUCCCCGCCUUAACAUAAACCAGGGCUGCAGGCCUCUCUUUGGUGAUUUGGACUAUGGCCAUCGUGUUAGACUAGCAACUCAUUCAAAUUUCAAAGAAUUUGUCUUGUCUGCUGGGUUGGAGUUUUACCCUCUAGGCGGAGAUCCAACAGUUCUUGCUGGUUACAUGGUUAAAAAUAAAGGGUUCUUGCCUUCGGGGCCUUCAGAGAUACCUGUUCAACGAAAUCAAAUGAAGGAAAUUAUUUAUUCUUUACUUCCAGCUUGCAAAGACCCUGAUAUUGAUUCUGGUAUCCCCUUUAAAGCGGAUGCAAUCAUUGCCAAUCCCCCAGCAUAUGGGCAUACCCAUGUGGCAGAGGCACUAAAAGUACCGAUUCACAUAUUUUUCACGAUGCCAUGGACGCCAACUAACGAAUUUCCACAUCCUUUAUCCCGUGUGAAGCAGCAAGCUGGAUAUAGGCUGUCAUAUCAAAUUGUUGACUCCUUGAUUUGGCUUGGGAUUCGGGACAUGAUCAAUGAUUUGAGGAAGAAAAAGCUGAAGCUUCGUCCUGUAACAUAUUUAAGUGGUUCACAAGGCUCUGAGUCUGAGAUCCCACAUGGAUAUAUAUGGAGUCCUCACCUGGUUCCUAAACCAAAAGAUUGGGGACCUAAGGUUGACGUGGUUGGAUUCUGUUUCCUAGAUCUUGCAUCGAACUAUGAACCUCCUGAACCUCUUGUAAAAUGGCUUGGAGCUGGUGAAAAGCCUAUUUACAUUGGAUUUGGUAGCCUUCCUGUUCAAGAGCCAGAGAAAAUGACCCAAACUAUUGUGGAUGCACUGCAAAGCACUAAACAGAGGGGCAUCAUUAACAAAGGCUGGGGUGGCCUUGGGAACUUGGCAGAACCAAAUGACUCCAUUUACUUAUUGGACAACUGCCCUCAUGAUUGGCUAUUCUUACGAUGCAAGGCUGUGGUGCAUCAUGGAGGUGCUGGAACUACAGCUGCUGGUCUAAGAGCUGCGUGCCCUACGACCAUUGUACCUUUCUUCGGUGACCAACCCUUCUGGGGAGAGCGGGUACAUGCAAGAGGUGUAGGUCCUGCACCCAUUCCUGUUGAGGAGUUUACACUUACGAAGUUGGUUGAUGCAAUAAAGUUUAUGGUGGAUCCAAAGGUGAAAUUGCAUGCGGUCGAACUUGCAAAGGCCAUGGAAAAUGAGGAUGGUGUGGCUGGAGCAGUGAAAGCCUUCUUUAAACAUCUUCCUUGCAAAAAGCCUGAUCUCGAGCCAGAACCAGUGACAUCUAGUUUUUUCUCUUUAAGUAGAUGUUUUGGUUGUUCUUGAAAUUGUUGGUGGAUGUUGUCAGUCCUUCCAUGCAUUUCUCCAAUUAUUUUGUCUUGACGGUGUAUAUAAUAGUAUGCCCUGCGUGGUCUCUGCCGAGAAGAGAGAGAGAGAGAGAGAGAGAGGAAACUACUUGGGAUUCAUGUUCAUAAAAGGCCAUUCCUACUUCAAGAGUUGUAAUUUUCAAUCUUUAUUCUAUUAAAAAAUGAUUUACUUUUAUCAAUCUUUAUUUAUUUAAUC